AUGGAGAGUACGUUUGGUGAUGGAGAAAGUUGGGUGAGAGGGCCAUUGAUCGGCAAAGGAGGUUUUGGGUCCGUGUUUCUUGCCACUUUGAAGAAAUCCAAAUCAAGCAAAGAUUGGAGAUUUUGGGUUGGCGAAGAGAUUGGCAUAGAAAAUGAAGAGAAGGAUGGACUUGACGUUUACUUGAGAGGCACACCUCUCUAUAUGGCACCUGAAGCGGUGAUUGAGAAUGUACAUGAGCCUCCCUGUGAUAUUUGGGCUCUUGGGUGUCUUGUGUGUGAGAUGCUUACUGGAAAAUCUCCUUGGGAUAGGGAGGAAAAGUUGAAUGCAAACGAGCUUUUACAGCUGAUUGGGGAUGAGUGUGAAGUUCCCAAAAUACCAAGUGGUGUUUCCGAUGAAGCAAAGAGUUUCUUGAAGUCGUGUCUUGCGAGGAAGCCUACAUACAGAUUCACAGCUGAGAUGCUAAUGGAUCAUCCAUGGCUCCACAUACAAUCCAACAAUCUCCCACUUGGAGAUUGGUUUUCCACAUGCCAUCCACUGUUUCCAGCCCAAGCCCUACCACCUCUGCAACUUAUAGAUCCCGUCUUCAAGCCAGAAGAUGUACUGAAGUCGAGCUGA